CAUCCUCAGCCAGGCCUCUGGCACUCCUGUGACUGAGCAUUUGUGCAUCCCCCCCCAAUCCCUCAGCUGGCCUGCGGUCAGUUAGUAUAGGCUACAGUACGUGUACACCUGCACCACAGAGCAUAUCUAAUAGGAGCUCAGCGGUGUAACAUCUGAUUCAGACUCUGCAGGGGCGGUGUUUGUUGUGUGUGUGUGCGUGUGUAGCCUUUUUCAGCAGAGCAGACCCGCCAUUUCCCCUCCCUGGUGGUCUUUUUUCUUUCAUAGCGUUUUAAAGCGGAGCGGAAAGAGGAGGGGAGGAGGAGAAGAAGCGGCGGCGGCGGCGACAACUGGCGGAGCGGCGGAGGCAGGCAGGCAGGCAGGCAGGAGGAGAGACGCAGGGAUCCGCUGUGCCACAUCGGGAUGAGAGCGAGACACAGACCCGGGUCGGAUGAGUCAGCGAGUGGACCCUGCAAUCACGGCAUCCCUGAAAUCUGAACGAAGCCGAGCGGCGCAACAAAAAAAGAAACAAUCUAACAUUUUUUGAUUGUUGUUGUUGUUGUUGUCAGAUUCCGCUUUUUUUUAUUCCGCCCUCCCCUGGCCCGCGUCUGCCAUAGCCUAGUUUUGAUUUGUUUUUUUAAUUAUUAUUAUCACCAAGGUGGGAAAGGGGUGGGGGGGUCCAGCAAGGUUGCGGAGGAGGUGGAGGUUUUAUUUUCUUUCUCUAUUCAAAGCUCACACCCGAAGAUACACCCAGAAUACCUUUGCAAAGUCUUUUGUUGCAUUCAGUGUGUGAAGAUGUCGGGGCAGAGCAUUACGGACAGGAUAACUGCAGCCCAGCACAGUGUAACGGGAUCCGCCGUGUCGAAAACAGUAUGCAAGGCCACCACUCACGAAGUAAUGGGCCCGAAAAAGAAACAUUUGGACUAUCUGAUCCACUGCACCAACGAGAUGAACGUGAACAUUCCCCAGCUGGCUGACUCGCUGUUCGAGAGGACCACCAACACCAGCUGGGUGGUUGUCUUUAAGUCACUUAUCACCACACACCACCUCAUGGUCUAUGGCAACGAGCGUUUUGUCCAGUACUUGGCUUCCAGGAAUACACUAUUCAACCUCAGUAAUUUUUUGGACAAAAGUGGGUUACAAGGUUAUGACAUGUCCACAUUUAUCAGGAGGUAUAGUCGAUACCUGAAUGAGAAAGCCGUUUCGUACAGACAGGUCGCCUUUGACUUCACAAAAGUUAAACGCGGAGUGGACGGCGUGAUGAGGACAAUGAACACAGAGAAGCUGCUCAAGACUAUCCCCAUUAUUCAGAACCAGAUGGAUGCCCUCCUCGAUUUCAAUGUCAAUGCCAACGAGCUGACUAAUGGAGUCAUCAAUGCAGCCUUCAUGCUCCUCUUCAAAGACUCCAUUAGGCUCUUCGCUGCUUAUAACGAAGGCAUUAUCAACCUGCUUGAGAAAUACUUUGACAUGAAGAAGACUCAGUGUAAAGAAGGUUUGGACAUUUACAAGAAGUUUCUCACCCGAAUGACCCGGAUAUCAGAGUUCCUCAAAGUAGCAGAGCAGGUGGGCAUCGAUCGGGGAGACAUCCCAGACCUUUCACAGGCUCCCAGUAGCCUUCUCGAAGCUCUGGAGCAGCACUUGGCGUCUUUAGAGGGCAAGAAGGUCAAAGACUCCACUGCAGCCAGCAGGGCCAGCACUCUAUCAAAUGCAGUGUCAUCACUGGCCAGCACGGGGAUGUCUUUCACUAAAGUGGAUGAGCGGGAGAAGCAGGCCGCUCUCGAAGAGGAACAGGCUCGACUCAAAGCUCUGAAGGAACAGAGGCUCAAAGAGCUUUCCAAGAGGCCCUCCUUUGCCACCACUGAUACGUCACCGAUCUCCACCACCGGGGGCACUAUCAGCACAGCACCAGCCAUCGACCUCUUCUCUACACCUAGCUGCUCUAAUGGCGCAGUGAAGAUGGAGAGUGACCUUUUUGAUCUGCAGUCAGGGUUCCAGCCCUCAAUGCAAUCAGGCUCAACAGGGCUUCCAGUGGCAACAGCGUGGGCAGAUCCUUUCACCUCUGCUGAAGCAGGAGAUGAAUCCAUGCCAAACCUUAACCCUUUCCUCUCAAAACUCGUUGUCGAUGCCACUCACUUACCUGUCGUGUCUUCAGACGGUGUUAGCUUUUCCUCUAGGACACCUGGUCAUGAAGUGUUUGGUGAUCGUUACAAUCCCUUUAUUGACACAAAUUCAUCCGUUUCAACAAAUUUCAAACGCACAGUGCGGAUAGAACACUCCAUCUCAGACUCCUUCUGUGGUCCAGUGUCCAUUGCCCAGCACCUCCCACACCAGGCUACCUUCCCCACUGAGCCCUCUACUGUAGCAGGUCUAUUCAGAGGAUACUCGAUGCCACAGGCUCCUCCACAACAGUCAGCAGGGGGACUCCAAGUGGACUUUGAGUCUGUUUUUGGAGCCAAGGCCACAGGCAGCAACAUCCUCAAUUCUGAUGAUAUUUCUGGGGGCAUCCUGAAACCAACUCUCGCCGGCUCCAACCAGGCGUCCGGUCAGCUGCCAGAUAAGCUGGUGUCAGAUGACCUCGACUCCUCCCUGGCCAACCUUGUCGGCAACCUCGGCAUCGGGAACGGCAUGAUGAAAAAUGACAUGCACUGGAGCCAGCCGGGGGAGAAGAGGAUGACCGGCGGCACCAACUGGCAGCCCAAAGCAGCACCGAGCACGACCUGGAACCCCGUUUCCAUGCCAUCGUCAGUCAUGGCCUUCCCUGCCACCACGCCAACAAGCAUGAUGGGAUAUGGCAUGCCUCCACAAAUGGGCUCUAUGGGGAUGAUGAAUCCACCCACCAUGAUGUACUCCCAGCCUGUGAUGAGGCCACCCAACCCCUUUGGCUCUGUGUCGAGUGCUCAGGUGGGUGCACUGCCGUCUGACCACGCCACCGAGCGGAUGCACAAUGAACCCUCCGCAGCCUCUAGUCCUUCCAGCCAGAGUCCUCUCCGAGCCCCUGGACAGGACCCGUUUGCACACCUCUCUCUCAAGGAUUUCUUGUAGAGCGUCUCUUUAGAUGCAGUUCAUGUAAUUUGAAGAAAUGUGUCUCUCGGAAGAUGAAGCACUUAGCAGCAAAGCGUUGUCCUCCUCGUUGCAGUCUAACUCUUCAGAGAAACACACACACACACACACACACACACCCCACCCACACACCCACACACCGAAACACAGACAUGUCAAGAACACAAUGGUGCAACGACUGUCCAAAACCAUGGCAACCAUGUCCAAACGACGUUUGGCGAUAGCUCACACCCAUUAUUCUAUAACUUGUCCGAGACGUCGAGUGAUGCUGCUGUCUAAACCCCCCCCUUAAAGAGGAUUCCGUGUCCAUUUUACAGUGUAAUCUGUAAAGAUAGAUAUGGGUGCUGAGAAACUUUGAUGUUAUGUAUUUGGAAAUACUGUGGUUGGAUGUAAAGGUUUGAUGUUCAGCGAAAAAGGAGAGCGGUCCUUCCCUUUCUUGAUCCGAUCAUCAGUCAUCCACUCCCUACAGUUAUUUAACUGUCACUAAGUAGUGAUGCUAAUGGCGUUUACACCUGUUUAGUUUUUGUCUUUUUUACCGUGUUUACAGUAGACAUUCCUUGUGUGUUGUUUGUAUUUAUUUAUGAUUAUUGGUUUAAGAUUGGGGGGGGGGGAAAUAAUGUAAAAUCUCCAGUACAUUGAACACCUGUGGGAGUGCUUCAGCAUUAAACAAGGAUCUCAGACUAUCAUUGAGAGGUAGAGUUAAAAAUAGCUAUUAUAUAAAUUACACCUAUUAAGCGGAAUGAUAGAGCACUAAAUAUUCUAAGAGUUUUGUGUUAAGAAACUUUUUUACUAGAUGAAAGACUUCACAAUCUCCAUUGUAAUUAAAGUGCAGGGGUUAGAGUACGAGUCAGUUACCAGUAUAUAGUCGAUUCUGUGCCUAGGGUUUUUUGCAAUGGAUCAGUUUCCUGUCUAGUU